AUGUCGCUCAAUCGUGUCUCCUUCUUGGAAGGAUGGGAGCGUAGUCCAGGAGCUUUCCAAAGAGGAAGGCCUGACCAGUCAGAUACUGAAUCUGAAUUUCAAGACCUGCCGGAGUCCUCGCUCUCCUCUUCCUUUCCCUCUACUUAUAGUAGACUUAAUUUCAAUCCUUAUGCGGGACCUGGAUGGAAUCAGAGGACGGAUGAUCGGGAUGAUAGGACCCCACUAUUGGGAUCAUUUGGGUUAUCUCCAACGAGGGGCCGAUCUCAAGUGGACACUGAGCGGGGUCCAUCGCCCUCCCUUCCAUCCCAUUCGGCUACACCAAUCCCUGUGUCUGUGCCCAAGGAAGAAUCUGGGGUACCAGACACCCUAGGCGCGUUUGAAGUGAGCCGCGCAAAGCGUAUUGCUCAGGUGAGUCUCGCAGUCGUCUACUGCUUCCUGGCUGCGGGCGUGGUCUUUGGCUUUGCGGCCUUGAAACCAGUUUUGAUCCGCGAGAAUGUAUAUCGCAACCUCUGCACCCGCCAGGAGCUAGAGACCGAUGUAGCUGUCUGUGACGGACAGGAGAUCCGUCUCAAUCUCAUGUUCACAAUCGCUGCCGUGGUAACUAAUGUUUCCGCUCUACCGGUGGGAACCAUUUUGGAUUCAUAUGGUCCUCGAGUGAGCGGUAUUAUUGGUAGCUUCUUUUUGGCUCUCGGCGCAAUCCUAUUCGGAACCGCUAGCAGGCUGCCCUUUGAUGGAUAUAUCCCCGGAUAUCUUUUACUCUCACUCGGUGGACCAUUCAUCUUCAUCUCGUCAUUCCAGCUAUCGAACACAUUCCCGGCUCGGUCGGGGCUGAUUCUUUCAAUGCUAACUGGUGCAUUCGAUGCUUCAAGCGCGCUGUUCUUAAUCUUCCGCCUGUUGAGCGAAAGCAGCGAUGGAGCUUUUUCCGUGGAGAAAUUCUUCAUGAUUUACCUCCUGGUACCUGUAUUCAUCAUCACAGUGCAGCUGACAGUGAUGCCGUCUACCUCCUAUAAAACGGCUAGUGAAUUGGUCCAGCAUGCAGAAACACAGGUGAUUGAAGAAAUAAAUGAUCGCGUAGAUGACUCGAUCAAUGACCGCAAUGAGGGAGAGCGACAGCGCAAUUAUAGACGCAUUCACCGACAGAGCGUCGUACAUCAGAUUCAGGACCUCUUAGACGACGAAACUCUUUCUGUCGGUGCUGUCGAUGAGUCUGUAUUCGACGGUAACAUUCCGGACCAUCCAAAUGGAGAUAGUCUGCAAACACCACCCUUAGCCGCACCAGCAAGUACCCAUAUCAGUGGCAUCUGGGGCGUUCUCCAUGGCUAUAGUGCCCUCUCCCAACUCCGUACGCCCUGGUUCAUCCUCAUAACCCUCUUCACUGUACUAAUGAUGCUACGCAUCAACUACUUCGUGGCCUCAAUUCGCAAACAAUACACCUACCUUCUCUCCCCCACAAAGGCACGCGACAUUAACACCAUUUUUGACAUCCUCCUCCCAGCUGGAGGUAUUGUGUCUAUCCCGUUCAUUGGCACAUUUUUGGAUAGUUUCAAGACCCGGACUGUGCUGGCCAUUCUCGUUGGUACUGCUUCUGUCAUCGGUAUUCUAGGUUGUAUCCCGCACAGCAUGGGCGCGGGCUAUGCGAAUAUUGCACUUUUCGUUCUUUACCGGCCGUUCUAUUAUACCGCCGUCUCCGACUACGCAGCUAAGGUGUUCGGCUUCCAGACCUUUGGCAAGGUAUAUGGUCUUAUUAUCUGUCUUGCAGGCGUUGGAAACUUCGCACAGGCGGGACUUGAUGCGUUGACCCUAAAAGCGUUUGAAGGAAAUCCGGUGCCGGUAAAUGUUGCUUUAACGUUGCUGGUAGGGCUUGUAGGAAGUGUAUUGGUUGGAUUUGUGAGUUAUCAGACUUCCGUCCUACAGAAGGAAGGGCUGGAGGCAUUCACUGCUGAGGCGAAUGAGCGGGAGUCAUUGCUUGCUGUCCCUCGCGAAGUUGUUUCAGAACGCAUAUAUGGAAGCUGA